AAGACAUGUUAUAAGCGUACAUCAGUAUUUCUACCUUAUCUAACAUAUUAACCAACGGAGAUAAUUAAUGUAGCAAAAGAAACUAAACUGUUUAAAGACUUAUUCACAAUCAGAAGAUGUCGCCUACAAAAUUCAAUUCAGUUAAAAUUUGAAAAUGUCAGUUCGUCGGCGCAUACUCCAGUAUCGUCGCAUAUUCUUGAUACUACUAGCGGUAGUCUCCAUCGUUUAUGUGUAUUUGGAAUAUAAACGUAAUGUGGUGAAUUCGAAAAAGUUUACUUGGCUUACCGGAAGAAAACCAAACAUUAAUGAAUCAGCAGUGAAAAAAGUUGUCAAUGGAGCGGAAAACAGCUUAGCUGAGCAACUAGCAGAUGAAGUGCGCAUCCUCUGUUGGGUAAUGACCAAUCCCGCCAAUCACAAAACGAAGGCCAUAGACGUGCUGCGAACCUGGGGCACGCGUUGUAAUCGUUUAAUAUUCGUAACCUCCGAGGACACUGCAGAAUUGGGUGAAACAUUUGUUCUGCACAAUUUCACUGAUAACCACGACGUACUAUGGGUGAAAACGAGAAAAGCUUUUAAGCAUGUUUAUGAAAAAUAUGCUAAUGAGAUGGAUUGGUUUAUGAAAGCAGAUGAUGACACGUACGUGCUCGUAGAAAAUUUGCGUUAUUUACUCUAUACAUAUAGUCCGGAUAUGCCGAUCUAUUUUGGACACGACUUUAAGUAUGCGUACCAAGUGAAAAAUCAUUACAUGUCUGGCGGUGCGGGAUAUGUGCUAAGCCGCGAAGCGCUGCAUCGUUUUGUUAAUGCAGCCAUGCCAAAUAGCGAUUUAUGUCCACCUGAGGAUAACCUUAUAGCCGAAGACUGGGCGAUCGGUAUGUGUCUACGCUCUGUGGGUGUGCUGCCUGGCGAUUCACGUGAUGCACACAACGAACUGCGUUUUAUGCCUUUUGAACCACAUACGCUCUUAACUGGAAACUAUUUUGAUGACGCAUUGUGGUAUUUCUCAUAUGAAAUCUAUCACCCGCGAGUGUGUCAAAAUUGUUUAUCAAAACACGCCAUCUCUUUUCACUAUAUGACAAAGGAGGGUAUGUAUUUAACUGAUUUCUUCCUAUAUCAGUUCAAAUUAUAUGAAUCGAACCAAGAGAAGGAAGUCCUGCCAAAGAAAUUACGUUUGGAUGAAGUAAAGAUACCAACUCCAUACAAUGCAUGGGAUGUAACUGUGAAUUAGCAAAUGAAGAACACUAGAUUACACCCCAAAUAUUUUUACUUUUCAUAAAAAAAUCGUGUAAAUUGAUCCCCGAAAUAUAUUAACAACGUAUAAGGCUAGCUAAUAUUUAUUUUGACAGGUAGCCAGAAAAAAAAAUUUAAUAGCAGAGAGGGGUAAAACGUCAUUUUAAAGAAUUUCGCUGUUAUGAUGGUUACAUAUGCGCCACAACUUCCAGCAUAUCCGCAUUUUUUCCCAAACUCAAGUGUUUAUGUAUGAUCGAAAUUGAACUAUUUUCUGUUCGCACUAAAGAAGCAAUAGAGAUUAGAAUGAUCGCUUUUGUGUGCAUAUCGUAAAAACUUAACAGUUUACAACUCUAGAGUUUGCUAUCCUAGACACUCAUCACCAAAUGCAAAAAGCUCGACAGAGCUUCAAACUAAUAUUACUGAAGCAAAGUUGAGCUUUUAAAUGAUAAGCUCUCUUGAAAGAGCUUGACAUGAUGAAUGGCUUCCGUUGGGCUGAGCAAACCAGCGUUAGAUAUG